AUGCCUAUGUGGACCUGCGAUUUUGCUGGUUGCGAAAAACCGGCCGUUCGCAAUCUCGGUGAUUGUAUACUGUGCAACCGCCAUCUAUGCUCCCAACACCUUCAACAUGGCGUUCAUGAAUGUCCCAAAUGGGAGGACGCGGAUAGAUACGAUCCCGCGGCUCGGGCUGUUGAAACAGAUGAGCUUACGGAGUUAAUCAAGAAGAUCAACACUUCUGCUCUGGCGGCCCGAUCUGUUUCGAUGACGGAAUUAAAUGGAUCGCCUCCGGCGGUGCUGCGGGAUUAUCUCAUCCAGAGCGAAGUCGCAACCCUCAAGUUCCUUGAGCGAACUAAUGUACCUGCCCCAAAGGUGUUUGAUUUUGUACUGGAGAAUGCUGGUAAUUCUGUUGGAGUUGGUUAUAUUCUAAUGGAAAAGUUGCACGGGAAGUCUUUGAGAUGGUCUAUUGCAACACAAGAACAGAGAAUAAAGGUGAUGGAACAGCUUGCGGACGUGUUCAUUGAGCUUACCAAAUACCCCUUCAAUCAUCUUGGCUCCCUUCAUUGCCUGGACGACUUUCAUGUCAGUGCAUUUGCUCGGGAAUUACUGGCCGACUUUGUGAAGUCGGGAAUGCAAACAAUGGGUCCAUUCUCGUCUCUAGAAGAGUACCACAAGUCUGAAAUUCGGCUCAUAUUGAAUCUGAUUCUUCGCGAAGAGAUCUACUUGCAGCGAGCAGUGAAUGCAUACUUAAUACACCGACUUCUCCUUGACUUGGUCCCUAUUGUAUUCUCGAAGUCGGUGCAAGAUGACCAAAGAUACUAUUUGAAACAUGUCGACGAUAAAGGAGAUCAUAUCAUGGUAGAUGAAGAUUUUAAUAUCACUGGUAUCAUCGAUUGGGAGUGGGCUCAUACCGCCCCGCCAACUCAAGCUUUUAACUACCCAUUGGCCUCUUGUCGGUUGCUGAAUUCUAUCGGGCCCCAGACGGCUCACUUGUUCAACGCUGCCUCCGCCCGCCCUAGUGCGCCGCAGAGCUGCAGUGUCAACCUUAGCGGUUCUAUCCUAGGAGUCGCUGUAUUACUCAACCUCGCGUCCGUCAUUAGCAUGGCGAUCAUUCUAGCAAGGUCUACUUUCGAACCUCUCGUAACACUUGGCGAUUCGAUCCGCUCGUUUCUCCGCAAUCCCGAUCCGACGACGGCCGAUAUGUGCCUAUUAACCAAGACCGAUGUCAAACAAGGCCGUUGGGGUUCUAGUGAAGCUCAAUUCUUUGUCCCAGCUAAUCACUUCUGGGCACAGACCCCAUCGCCCCCCCGCUGGAUGCUAACGGCGUUUGCCUGGCUGGCAAUCGGGGCACCAACUGCGGUUGCUGUCGCAUUCCUAGUCCCUAAGGUCAUAGAAAAUCCCUUCACACCCUUCGGCGUCGCAGUACCCCACUUAACGUAUCUUCUACCCUCCCCUGUUCAGGCAGCGCAGAUGGCGCUCUUCGCCGCAUUGCCACAGCUAUUUCUCGCUAUGCUCUAUUUCGUCACUAAUUCUCACCUCACAACGUACUUCCUUUCUCAUGAAUUAUCGCUCUUCGCCCUCGGCCCCCGACCUCUCCGAGUCUCCUCUAACGCAGCCGGCGGGCAAAAUACAAGUCUUACUUAA